UGGCCGUGUUAUCGAACUUCACCCAAGAUUUAAACUUUGAAGUCUAAACAGUAAAAGAAGGCAAUAAGGUGAGCUGCGUUACCUGUCAGUCAGCCACCACCACCGUCACCUCAUCACUUGUCACCGGCGGGCGAAGGAGCAGAAAAUGCAGGCCCUUCAGUCACCAGCACUUCGCAUCUCUCCCUUAGAACCACUCCGCAAGCAAUCCAAUUCUGGCAGAGCCAGUGCCAGAAGAACCUCCAAGAAAAAGCUUCCAUGGAUGUUGAAGCCCAUCUCUGCUUCUUCGAAAACAACUUCUGCUCCCAAGAGAGAGAAAGACCCAAAGAAACGAGUGGUUAUUACUGGAAUGGGCCUUGUUUCUGUAUUUGGCAACGAGGUUGAUGUCUACUAUGAUCGCUUGCUUUCUGGUGAGAGCGGUAUCGGACCCAUCGAUCGAUUUGAUGCCUCCAAGUUCCCCACUCGAUUCGGUGGUCAGAUUCGUGGGUUCACCUCUGAAGGUUACAUUGAUGGCAAGAACGACCGUCGUCUUGAUAACUGUCUGAGAUACUGCCUAGUUGCUGGCAAGAAGGCCCUGGAGGAUGCUGCCCUUGGUGGUGAUAGCCUCUCCAAGAUUGACAAGGAACGGGCUGGUGUGCUUGUAGGAACAGGCAUGGGUGGUCUAUCAGUGUUUUCUGAUAGUGUUCAAAGUCUCAUUGAGAAAGGUCACAGGAAAAUAACUCCAUUUUUCAUUCCUUACACCAUACCAAACAUGGGGUCUGCCUUGCUUGCAAUAGAACUUGGUUUCAUGGGUCCAAAUUAUUCAAUUUCAACUGCCUGUGCUACGUCAAAUUACUGCUUCUAUGCUGCGGCUAACCAUAUCCGACAAGGUGAGGCUGAUUUAAUGAUUGCUGGUGGAACUGAAGCUGCAAUUGUUCCCAUUGGUUUAGGAGGCUUUGUUGCAUGUAGAGCUUUGUCACAGAGAAAUGAUGAUCCAAAAACUGCUUCAAGGCCAUGGGACAAAGAUCGUGAUGGCUUUGUGAUGGGUGAAGGUGCUGGAGUGUUGAUAAUGGAGAGCUUGGAACAUGCAAUGAAACGUGAUGCACCUAUUAUUGCUGAAUACUUGGGAGGUGCAGUAACUUGUGAUGCUUAUCAUAUGACCGAUCCCAGAGCUGAUGGACUUGGUGUUUCAUCAUGUAUUGAAGGAAGCCUUGAGGAUGCUGGCGUGACACCAGAGGAGGUUAAUUACAUAAAUGCACAUGCAACUUCCACACUUGCUGGUGAUCUGGCUGAGGUGAAUGCUAUUAAAAAGGUAUUCAAGAACACUUCGGAGAUCAAAAUAAAUGCAACCAAGUCUAUGAUAGGGCAUUGCCUUGGCGCAGCUGGUGGCCUGGAAGCCAUUGCUACAGUGAAAGCCAUAACUACCGGUUGGCUGCAUCCUACAAUAAACCAGUUUAAUCCAGAACCUUCUGUUGAGUUUGAUACAAUUCCAAAUGUAAAGAAGCAUCAUGAAGUGAAUGUUGCUAUUUCAAAUUCUUUUGGCUUUGGAGGACACAACUCUGUUGUGGUUUUUUCAGCAUUCAAGCCUUGAUACCAACUUCUGUUUUGCAAUUUUGAGAGGAUAACAUUUUAUUCUUAUUCCUUAAUUUAUUUCUUAGAUGUCAUCAUCUUCUUGUCUCUGGAAUUCUGCAAAUGUUCUUUGAGUAGGUUUUUGUUUCUUUGUGAUGCAUUUCUGUAGGUUGUGCUGUAACUUGACUCAACUACCUGCCAUACUUUUAUACCGGAGUUCCCUUGAAAUUUAAGAGAUUAGCCACAC